ACUGAGAAAUAGAAUGACGGCAAAGGAAAGUGGCGAGUCCGUUGAGGUCGAGGGAUCUUGAGCGUCCGUUUACAGUUCACAAGAGUAGUGGGUGUGGGUACAAUACAAUACAAUAGAUAGAUAGAUAGAUACAAGAACAAAAAUAAACUAAAACUCAACUUUCAUUUCAUCUCCACCGAUCCAUCAUUAGUUGGUUUUGGUUUGCUUUUCUACCCUAUCUUCCUUCUUUUCCAAUUGCUUUUCAGCUCCAUUUUCUAGUUCUACUUUUCUUUCUCAUCAAUUUCAUUAUCAUCCAACUUAUUCUAAUCUGUUGGAUUGGUUCAGACGCCGCACUUUGAUUGGUUAUAGAUCCAAUCAUCGAUUCGCGAUCUGAGCUUCUCACUGCCAAAUUACAAUAGAUACUUCAAUUCAUCACAAACCCUAAAUCGCACUGGCUCAGCCCCUGCAUCAUGCUCGUGUUUUUAAGAUUGAUGAUAAAAUGAGAGAUAUGCUCAAGAGUGGUAGUUUUUCCCGGAAUUCUACUGGCAGCAGUACUAACAACAACAACAACAACAACAACAACAACAACAACACUAAGCCUGCAUCCGCUAGGCUCUCUUCACCUCAACAAUCUUUAAGACGUUUGGGAUUGUGUUCCCAGAUAGCAACUUCUGGGGAACACUCCUCCCCUAUUGUCUUCCCCGAAAAACGUGGCAAAGUUAAGGCUUCUAAGAAGAGUACAGAUGCCGUUCGUCCGGGCGGUGAUCAGGAUGCAGCCAAGAAUUUUGAGCAUAGGAUUGACAUUGGAGGAGGAGCUGGAGGAGGAACUGGCGAUGAGAAGUCUGAUUUGUUAGGAUAUGUUGUGUUCUCUGGAAAGCUUUUUUUGGAUAAGAGAAGGAUUACUGUAAAUAACAACAACACCGAUGCUCAACAAAAAUCUUUUGAUACCAUCAAUCAAGCUGCUGUCGAUGCCAAAUUAACAAGCAAGGCUUUACUGUGGGGAUCUCAAGUGCUGCACCUCGAUGAUGUCAUCUCGGUAUCAUAUCAUGCUGGUCUCAGACAUUUUACAGUGCACUCUUAUCCUAUCAAAAAGGCUUCAUGUUUUAUGAAAUCUCGAAGGAGUCGCAAGGACUUUCGUUUUGUGGCUUCUACUGUAGAAGAGGCCAUUCAUUGGGUUGGUGGAUUUGCCGAUCAACACUGUUUUGUUAACUGUCUUCCUCAUCCUUUAGUGUCUUCGAAGAAGCAAGCAUCCUCAGAAUUAUUUCAGUCUGAUACCCCUCCUGAAUUGCUCUUUAGAUGCAAAACUCCGCCUAAGAUGCUUGUAAUUUUAAACCCACGCUCAGGGCGAGGUCGUUCCAGUAAAGUUUUCCAUGGCAUUGUGGAACCAAUAUUUAAGCUUGCUGGGUUUAGAUUGGAGGUAGUCAAAACAACAUCUGCUGGUCAUGCCAGAAGUCUUGCAUCAAGUGUAGACAUCAGCACUUGUCCUGAUGGAAUCAUCUGUGUUGGUGGUGAUGGGAUAAUCAAUGAGGUUGUUAAUGGUCUCCUUAGUAGAGACAAUCAAAAGGAAGGAAUAUCUAUACCUAUUGGAAUUAUACCAGCUGGUUCUGAUAAUUCACUGGUAUGGACUGUUCUUGGAGUUAGAGAUCCAGUUUCUGCAGCAAUGGCUAUUGUGAAGGGGGGCCUUACUGCUACAGAUGUCUUUGCUGUUGAAUGGAUUCAGACUAAUAAAAUUCACUUUGGAUUAACAGUCUCAUAUUAUGGUUUUGUUAGUGAUGUGUUGGAACUUUCUGAAAAAUAUCAGAAGCGCUUUGGCCCACUGCGGUAUUUUGUUGCUGGAUUUUUCAAGUUCUUAUGCUUACCACGAUACAGCUAUGAAAUUGAAUAUCUUCCAGUAUCAAAAACUGAGAGAGAAGGAAAGCUUUCCGGUGAAAGGGAAGUAGUUGACAUUUCAGAUCUGUAUACUGACAUCAUGGGCAGAUCAAAUAAGGAUGGAAUGCCCAGGGCAUCUAGUCUUUCAAGUAUAGACUCUAUAAUGACUCCGAGUCGUAUAUCUGGUGGAGACCUGGAUACCUGUAGUAGCACUCAUGCUAGUACUGAACCUUCUGAAUUGGUGCGUGGCUUAGAUCCUAAGUCAAAACGCCUAUCAUCUGGAAGGAGCAAUGUCACAGCAGAGCCAGAAGUCAUCCAUCCGCAGCUGCCUCUAUCAACAACUCCGAACUGGCCAAGGACCAGAUCUAAGUCAAGGAAUGAUAAAGUAUGGACUGGAUUGACCACCACACAUGAUACCUCUAGAUGGGGAAGUGCAACAAAUGACAGAGAGGAUAUAUCAUCUACACUGUCUGACCCAGGUCCUAUUUGGGACGCUGAGCCAAAAUGGGAUGCAGAGCAUAAUUGGGAUGUGGAAAACCCAAUUGAGUUACCAGGGCCACCGGAUGAUACAGAAACAGGAUCCACAAAGGAGGUUGUGCCUCGUUUCGAAGAAAAAUGGGUUGUUUCAAAGGGACCGUUUCUUGGCAUUCUGGUUUGCAAUCAUGCUUGUAGAACUGUUCAGAGCUCUCAGGUGGUUGCUCCCAAAGCUGAGCAUGACGAUAACACUUUAGAUCUGAUCUUGGUUCAUGGGAGUGGAAGGCUGAGGCUGUUGAGAUUUUUCUUACUUCUACAGAUGGGUCGACACCUUUCACUGCCAUAUGUUGAAUAUGUGAAGGUAAAGUCUGUUAGAAUAAAGUCUGGGAAACACACUCACAAUGGAUGUGGGAUUGAUGGUGAGCUUUUUGCACUCAACGGACAAGUAAUUUCUUCUUUGCUUCCAGAACAGUGCAGGCUUAUUGGUCGCUUCCGUAUAUGAUUACUGUGAGUUCUUUUAAAUUCUUUGACGGGUUUUGGUAAGCUUCUCCUUUAUGAAUCCAGAUACCCAAUUUGUCUUGUCAAAUUCCUUGUCGCUGUAACAGCUGAGCUUUGUAAAUCUUUUGUUUCGGUUAUAUGUAUCUGUUGUUGCUUGCUUGUCCAUCUUCUCUUUAUUUUGUUUUCGUAAAAAGAAAAAAGAAACACUGCACAUUUAUGCAUUUUCUGCAACAAGAAGCUGAAUUUAUUGCCAAUGUCCAUUUCCUCAGAAUUGAUCAGUUGAUUCUCUUA